CACGAGUUCUGACGCCAUAACAGCGCGACAAUAUGUUGUCAACAUAAACGAAAACAGACGCUAGCUCGGCAGUGGCGACGUAUGCUUGAAAACCCUUCAUGGUUAAUAUUUGGAAGUGAAUGAGGUCCAACCCUCUGGUGCUGUUGUGUUAGCACCGUUGCUGCUGGGAUGGGCCAGCAGAUCUCAGGUCAGGCGGUGAUGACCCGUCUCCCUGAGAAGCUGGUGAAACAUGCCGGGCUGGUACGGGACAGCAGCUAUCUCACCUAUGAGGAGUUUCUGGCCAGAGUGGCUGAACUGAAUGAUGUGACUGCAAAGCUAGCUGCUGGGCAACAGAAGCAUCUGCUGUUUGAGGUCCAGCCAGGAUCUGAUGCCACUGCCUUGUGGAAGGUGGUUGUCAGGGUCGUUUGUACUAAGAUCAACAAAGAUACUGGCAUGGUGGAAGCGUCGCGCAUCAUGAACCUGUACCAGUUCAUCCACCUGUACCACGACAUCACCAGUCAGGCCGCUGGGGUGUUGUCUGCAGAGGGCGCCACUGAGGCCUCCACUGCUCAGCUUCCUACUACCGACUCCUGUCAGGCCAGCAUGUGGAUGGGCAGAGUGAAGGAGUUGACCGAUGAAGAGGAAUGCUGCAUCUGUAUGGACGGGAAAGCCGACCUCAUCCUGCCCUGUGCUCACAGUUUCUGUCAGAAGUGCAUUGAUAAAUGGAGCGGGCAGAGUCGAAACUGCCCCAUGUGUCGCCUGCAAGUGACUGCCGCCAACGACUCGUGGGUGAUGUCCGACUUCCCCACCGAGAACGAUAUGGCGGGAUACAUCCUGAACCUGGCAGACGAGGCGGGCCACCCUCACCAACCGUAACGCACGAGAGAGGGCACCACCUGCACCAAGUAUUCCUUAUGAAAAAAAAUGUCACUUUCACUGGAGAAAAUAUUUGACAUUUGCACAUUCACUCUCUCUGGUUUCCGAUGUGAUGUAGACGUGGUGCACCAUGGGAAACGUCUGUGUUUGUAAUAAGUCCUGUUGCACGCACUGUACAAAGCAACACAACAUUAUUGGUGUAUUGGGCAGCAAAUACAGGGCACAGUUCAAAAUAGUAUGACAUUUAAUUCUGGUGAGCAUUCAUUCAACUUGAAACCAAGUUCUACCACGCUUGGAGUCUGAUUGUUUUGGCAUAAGAACAACAGUCACAGAACAGAUUGUGUUCACAUGGAGUGGAGGAUGCACAGUGGGAUACUUUGUUUGUCUACAACCAAAGCUGUGAUAAGAAGAACAGAGCUGGAUUUUUAGGCAACCAUUAUAUUUACUCCUAAAAAUGCCUUUUGGUUUUUAGUCAGAACAAAGGAAGCUCUUACUUGAUUAGCUUCAUUAUCAUGAGUUUAUGAUAGGAUAGGACCUUGUGACAUUUAUUAUGAAGGUCAUGACAUACUGUGGCCUACUCCUUCAGUUACAUCUACUUUACUUACAGUAUAUUCCAGUUUCAUUCAUAUGAUCUGCUAUUGACGUACUGUAUUUGAGACUUUGCUGAGAUUUAGGAGAGACUAGUAACUAUAAUAUGCUCAAAUCUUAUUUGCUGUUUCCAUUUUAGGUGACAUGCGAUAAAGAAUACAUUUUUGUAUGGUUUAAUUUUGCUGUUGCAAUUUCAAUUACACAUUAACAUGCAUGUUAACAAGUAUAUGAACAAGUUUAAAUUGUUUCUAUAAAAGUAAUUUAACUUAAAUAUAUUUUGUGUGGAUUUAAUGUAUAUAUUAUAUAUAUUUUUAAUGAUUAUUUUAUUUGACCCAGAUAAUUUUUUUAAAUCAAUGUUGACCAAUAACACUUGACUGUACUUUUCUUGUGGUUUGCACUACAACAAAUGACAAAUGAUAUCCAUAUGAAAGUAUUUAUUUGCUGUAAUAGUUUAACAGUAGCCGGACAGCACAGAUUAGAAAUAUAAAAGGAGGUAUAUUUGUCAUUUAACAAAUUAAUUAUUCCCUUUUCACUACAGAUGUAGCUUUUAAAGGGGACCUAUUAUGCUAUUUGCUUUUUUUAAUAAAUGUAGUUAGAAUGUAUGCCAAAGUUUCAGAUAAUGAGGUUUACGCAUUUGUGAGCCCUGAAAGAAGUUUGGGGUGGCUCAAAACGCUCAAAAGGCGUGGUAAAACUGCCCUCUUCGUGAUGUCACAGAGGGGUGGAAUUCCUUAUUUGUUUCAUAUUUAGGAAGCACUUUGGGCGUGCAACCAAUCACAGCAGAGUGGGCAUGCCCGGAGGCGGGUCGUGGGUGGAAUUGUGUGUAGCUGCUCUAUAGGAGACCACAACUCAAUACAAAGGAUUGAAAAAUGAGCAUAAUAGGUCCACUUUAAUACUGCCUGCAGGCAAGUAUAACACACCGUUUCAACCAUCGGGUGGCAGCAUUUGCCUGAUACUGUACUGUACAUUCACAUUAAUCCUAAUUUGCUUUUAAUGUGUGAUGACAUAAUUAUCUCUUUAUUUUCACCAAUAAAGACCCUUUCUUUGCACCUAAAGACUUUGAGGCAGUGUUU